AUGGCCUUCUUCUUCAACCGCGGUCGGUCCCGCCAACCUUCGGACAUUGCCAGAUCAAUCAAGGAACUCUUGGUGAAGCUUCGAGAAUCGCCAACCACUGCCAAGGUCGAAGAUGAUCUGGCGAAGCAACUAUCUCAGAUGAAACUCAUUGUCCAGGGUACUCAAGAAAUUGAGGUGUCCCCCGAACAAGUCCAAGCAUUAGUGCAGGCUACCCUGCAGGAAGAUUUGCUCUACGAACUAGCCCAAGGGCUUCAUCGUCUGCCCUUCGAAGCUCGAAAAGACACACAAACUAUCUUCUCUCACAUCCUCCGUUUCAAACCCGUCAAUGCAAGCCAUGCAGACCCUCCUGUCAUUUCCUACAUUGUCCACAAACGACCCGAAAUCAUCAUCGAACUGUGCAAGGGCUACGAGCAUAGCCAAAGUGCCAUGCCAUGCGGCACUAUCUUGCGAGAAGCGCUGAAGUUUGAUGUUAUCGCGGCAAUCAUCCUCUAUGACCAGUCGGAAGAGGGGGAGCCAGCGAUUCGACUGACGGAGGUGCAGCCGGGCGUGCCUCAAGAGGGCAAUGGCAUAUUCUGGAGGUUCUUUUACUGGAUCGACCGAGGGAGCUUCGAACUGAGUGCUGACUCUUUCACAACGUUUAGGGAGAUCUUGACCCGCCAUAAAUCCAUCGUUACGGGCUAUCUGGCCACGAACUUUGACCUCUUCUUCGCCAAAUUCAACGAGGUACUUGUACAGUCCAGCUCGUAUGUCACUAAACGACAAAGCAUCAAGCUACUAGGAGAGAUCCUUCUGGACCGAACCAACUACAAUGUGAUGAUGGCCUAUGUGGAGCGUGGGGAGAAUCUCAAGCUGUGUAUGAAACUGCUGCGGGACGACCGAAAGAUGGUCCAGUAUGAGGGCUUCCACGUGUUCAAGGUGUUUGUUGCGAACCCCAAUAAAUCGGUUGCGGUGCAGCGGAUCCUGAUCAACAACCGUGAUCGGCUGUUGAAAUUCUUACCGAGGUUCCUAGAGGACCGGACGGACGACGAUCAAUUUACGGAUGAGAAGAGUUUCCUGGUGCGCCAGAUUGAGCUUCUUCCCAAGGAGCCGAUUGAGCCAGCACGGUCCGCGCGCGAAGCGUCUCGCUCCGGCAUCAACACGGCAGCAGUGGCCUGAAGGCCUUGUGAAUGAAGAAUUAAGCUGCGACCAUUGGCAGGGGAACGGCCAAUCUAUCGAUCCUCCCGUGCCAAUAUGCUUUUUACCCCUGCUUUUCCUUUGUCGACCAAGUGCGGGUCUGCGUCGGAGGGCCGUGUGCACUGGGGGCACGCUAGGCCGCGGUGCCGUUUGUUUGCAUUGAAGGCAAGCUGGUUUCUAGCCUUCUCGGAGUUUUACAGUGGGUUGUCACAAUCUAAAGGG